CCGCUCAAUCCGGAAGAGACGCAGUGUUCGCUUCACCCGGUUCCUCCAGAAGCGCCUCAUGAGCGCAGAGAUCACGUUUAUUCAGCUGUUUCUUUUCUCGUAGUUUAAAGUGCGAUUAUCCUUGAACAGGACGGACAUGUUUUGUUUAGGUGGGCUGUCGGUGGCCCUCGCUUUGGCCCUGGUGCCUGGAAGCUCGGAUGCCCUGAAGGAGGGAGAGUGUGAAGUGUGUGUGACCUUUCUAGGAAAAUUUUACGAGUCGUUGAAGGAGAAUAAUGUAAAGUUCAGUAAUGGAGAUAUAGAGACGGCCCUGAUGAAAGUCUGCAAAGACGCCAAGGGCAAAGACAACCGCUUUUGUUAUUACAUUGGGGCAACAAGUGACGCAGCUACAAAGAUAAUCAACGAGGUGUCCAAACCACUGAGCUACCAUGUUCCAGUUGAAAAGAUUUGUGAAAAACUCAAGAAAAAGGACAGUCAGAUUUGUGAACUAAAAUACGACAAACAACUGGAUCUGAGCACAGUGGAUUUGAAAAAGCUCAAAGUGAAAGAUUUGAAGAAGAUCUUGGAAGAAUGGGGAGAAUCUUGUAAAGGCUGCGCAGAAAAGUCUGACUUCAUUCGCAAGAUCAUGGAGCUCAUGCCCAAGUAUGCACCUUCAGCUGCCAAAGCACGGACAGAACUGUGAUGACGGAGCACUAAAGUACCUUGUAACUUUGGACUUGACUUGGAUGUAUUUAGUGAUGCCGAGAUUCACAAGAAGAUAAAGAGGACACUGUUUUCAUUUGUCUUUGUUUCUUUUUUGUUAUGUUAUUUUUUUCAAGUUUAAGUUUAUUGAUUUUUAAUAGAAUUAUAAACUUUUUUUUGAGAAUAAUGGUCUUUUGGUCUCAGCAGUCUUUCUAUCACCAUGUAGUGUUUGAGUUUGACACUACAAAAUAACUGCAAUCUACACAAAUCCUGGAAACACCUAAUGGGGAAAAUAUUUGACUCAGUGAAACAGUGGAACCACACUUUUGAAAUAGGCCACAUUAUGGCAUCUUGUCUAUCUGCACUUUGAAAGUUUCCUGUCAUUUAAACUGCAAAAGGUGCUUUUUCUAUCCGUACGUGAUGAAUUUGUUCAUCUAAGGCUCUGGUCAGAUUGUGCAUUUUGGAUGUAACGACACAUCUAUUUUGCUGAGCUUGUUGAUAAAUGAUGACUGUUUGAUACGUUUAAAAACUCCAUAUGCUUUUUGUUAAAAAGGAAGGAAUGAAAUUCAGAUUGUUUUUUUUACACAGCAGUUUUUUCAGGUCCCUUGGUUCUUUCAGAAGGGCUGCAGUUUGGCUGUUUCACCCGAGUAAACGGUUACUUCUUUUGCUUUCUGUAAAUGACAGAAAGUAAAAACACUGGAGAGUUGCAAUAGGUCAGCAACCCUUUACAUUGUGUUGUAUAUGGAUUUAAUUUCUGUAGAUGGGGUCAUUUAUUAAAAAAAAUCCUUAUUACAUUGU